CUGUUGGUAGACCUGCUUGUCGGCAAUCGUGGAUGCAUCGUUGAUUCUAACCUAAAAAAUAACGCCGACUUGAAUUUUAUAAUAAGUUUAUUCUGUUUAUGGUAUAAUUUUUAAUGUUAUUAAAACACUAAUUAAAGAAAUUUAAUAAUAUCGAGGAAAUUAUAAGAACUUCUUAACAAAGAAGAUCACAAUGGAUAUUAGGCCGAAUAACACAAUUUAUAUCAAUAAUCUAAAUGAGAAGAUUAAGAAGGAGGAAUUAAAAAAGUCUUUAUAUGCAAUAUUUAGUCAAUUUGGACAAAUUUUGGAUAUUGUAGCACUUAAAACUUUAAAAAUGCGAGGUCAGGCUUUUGUUAUAUUCAAGGAAAUUGCUAGUUCAACAAAUGCUUUAAGAUCUAUGCAAGGUUUUCCGUUUUAUGACAAACCAAUGAGGAUACAAUAUGCAAAGCAAGAUAGUGACAUGAUUGCAAAAAUGAAGGGCACAUUUGCUGAAAGACCAAAAAAACCGAAACGUAUUUUGCCAGCGGCGGAAGAAGAGGCGAAACGAGCGAAGAAACGCGCCAAGGAUCAAGCGAAGCAAUCACAUCAAGUUGGUUUCAACGCUGGUGGCGUUCCUCAACAUAUUGGCUUGUCAAACGCUGCAGUUCCCGAGCAACCACCAAAUCAAAUUCUCUUCCUUACGAACUUACCGGACGAGACAAGCGAAAUGAUGUUGUCCAUGUUGUUCAACCAAUUUCCUGGCUUCAAAGAAGUGCGAUUGGUUCCCAAUCGACACGACAUCGCCUUCGUUGAAUUCGAAAAUGAAGUACAAUCCGGAGCCGCGAAAGAUGCGCUUCAAGGUUUCAAAAUUACACCUUCCCACGCAAUGAAGAUUUCCUUUGCCAAAAAAUAAAUUUCACAAGUUCCCAUGUUAAAAAGAUUACCUCUUCUUGAUUUUCACUCUUUUCUUGUCUCAAAACAAAAAUUUCUUUAAUUAAGUCAAUUAUUAUGUAUAUACUGAAAAU